AUGAGUGAAGUGGAUUCUAACAUUCCUACAUCUAGUCCUACUAGUGAAGUUAUUGAUUCAGUGUCAAAUUUUUCUGAUGGUAGCUGUACACCAUCAGAAUCAUUAACUUCGAGUCAAAGUGAUAAAAUUGAUGUGAAUAAGUCUAGUGGUUCAAGUGUUUCUAAAAUAGCAAGACCGACAGGAUUAAAACUACCUAGUACUGCAGGCACUGCAGUUACAAGUUCAUCGAGAAUAGCAAGAUUGUGCAACAAUGCAUCAAAACCAGCAUUACCUACAACAAAUACUUUACAAUCAAUUGAUAUAUGA